CAUGUCUCCGCCUCCUUCAAAAUAACAUCAGGGCAUUUCAAUGUUAAAGGCCACUCUGAUGACUGAGGGAGUAAAAUAAGAGCCUGUAAAUCAAUCACACGUGAAUAGAACUCAAUUACUGGAGUCUGACAAGAUGACGGAUGCAAUAACGGACGAGAUGGACAUGGAUCCCAUUAUGUCUGAUGGUGAACACAGAGUCAAGAGAAACUUCCAACAAAAGGUUUUCGUCAACAGAAGUUUGACACUGGAGAACAUCAAAUGCUAUGGCUUUGACAUGGACUACACCCUGGCAAUGUAUAAGUCUCCAGAGUAUGAGAGCCUGGGCUUUGAGCUGUUGAGAGACAGACUGGUAUCUACUGGUUACCCUCAUGAGCUUCUACGCUACACAUACGACCCCAGCUUCCCCACACGAGGUUUGGUGAUCGACACCUUGUAUGGGAACCUCCUGAAGGUGGAUUCAAAUGGGAAUAUUUUAGUCUGCAGUCAUGGCUUCCGCUUCAUCAAAGGGGAAACGAUUCAGAAUUACUACCCCAACAAGUUCAUUCAGAGGGAUGACACAGAACGCUUCUACAUUCUCAACACUCUCUUUAAUCUGUCAGAAACCUAUAUCUACGUCUGCCUCGUCGACUUCUUUACUAGAUGCACCCGCUACACAAACCUUCUGAAGGGUUUCCAGCACGGUGACUUGUUCAUGUCCUUCAGAAGUAUGUUUCAGGAUCUUCGAGAUGCCAUGGACCACAUUCAUGACACGGGAACCUUGAAAGAGCGAACACUCAAGAAUUUGGAAAAAUAUGUAAUGUAUGAUCCAAAUCUGCCUGUACUUUUGACCCGGAUUAAAGAGUUGGCCAAGGUAUUUCUUGCAACUAACAGUGACUUCACCUACACUGAGGGUAUUAUGAAGUACUUGCUGGAAAAUCCUGCUAAGUCUGGCAAUAUAAAAGCAUCCUGGCGCUCCUUCUUCGACCUUAUUGUUGUGGACACCAAGAAGCCGCAGUUUUUCGCUGGGGGGAAUGUACUGAGACAAGUGGACACGCACACGGGAAAGCUUCGGAUCGGGACUUACACUGGUGACCUCCAGCAUGGAACUGUGUACUCAGGAGGGUCGUCAGAUGUCAUCUGUGAUCUGCUGGGGGUCAAAGGUAAAGACAUCCUCUACGUCGGAGACCACAUCUUUGGUGACAUCCUCAAAUCAAAGAAACGCCAGGGCUGGAAGACGUUUCUGGUCGUACCAGAGCUCAGCAAGGAGCUGCAAGUGUGGGAAGAUAAGAAAAAUUUGUUUGAGGAGCUGAAACGCCUGGACGUUUUCUUAGCUGAGCUUCACAAGAACCAGGACAGCAGCAGCACUGACCCCGAAAUCAGUUCCAUUCAGUACAGGAUGAAGGUGCUGACCUACAGAAUGGACAUGUCUUACGGACAGAUGGGCAGCCUCCUGCGAAGCGGUGCCAGGCAGACUCUGUUUGCCAGCCAGCUGAUGCGUUACGCUGAUUUAUACUCAACCAGCUGCGUCAACCUGCUGUACUAUCCAUGUAAUCACCUCUUCAUGGCUCCUCCAGUCCUGAUGCCACAUGAAUCAACUUCUCCAUACCCGAUCAGCUUUACUCCAUCAGAUCUUUCUGUCAGCAAUCAUUCAAUCACAAUAAACCAGAAAUGAGGGUUUUCAUAGUCAUUUUACAAUAUUUAAACUUCAUUUAAUCUUUGCUUUAAAUUGGAUGAUUAUUCAAACUCAUAUAAAGUUAAAUUCUUCAUAUCUGUGUGUUUUUGUGCUGGAAACAGGUAACAAAAAUGAGACAGAAGAGGAACAUAUGAAGAUGCUACACUUUUGAAUCAUUACUUCUGACAGAAUGUUCUCAGAUGAAGGUGUUUGUGUCUAUAUGAUGGGUUUGUUGUGACCACAAUGUCCUCUUCUUUUUUAUUUUGUAACAAUACUGCUCCAUCUGCUGGAUAUGGAGUUCUGUACCAUAUUAGUAUGUUUACAAAAAAACCCACCAAAAUUCAAAGUAAGUUAGAAUUUUUUCCAAUGGUAAUGGUUUUUCAUCUUUUACAGACACAUUGAUCAUGUCAAAGAGUCAUUUUAGCUUUUAGCAAGCUCAUAAUCAAGAUAAUCAUGAUGCCUACAGGUUUUAUUUGUAUUGUUUCUCCUGUGAAGGUGCUUACAAUUUACUUUGACAAGCUUUAUAAAAACUCUGCCACUUUAACAUUAUUUAAUUAUAACAUUAUCACUUUAACUUAAUUCCUGUAUAUUUUUUUAGAAUAGAUCUUACUGACAGAUUUAGCUAACACAAAACUAAAUUCAAUGUACAUACACAUAAGUGAAAAUUACCUUUUGUGUAAGUAAACGGAUUCUCUGCAAUACCCCUGUUGUCCACUAGGUGGCAGUGACUCACCUCUGUAACACAACUGGAGAAGAUGAACUGUGCCACAAAAUGACUCUUGAUGUUGUUUUAUUUGUUCACUGCCAAAAGUAAUGCCCUGUGUGUAACAUGUGUUUCAGACCACUAACAGCAAAAAAUACUAUUUUAUUUACUGCUUUUUUGAUGUUGUUUGUUUGCUCUCUCUAUUAAAUCAGAUAUUUUCUUAUA